AUGCUGGCGAAGCCGGACGCGUGCAUCUGGCGGGUGACGACAGUCUUGUCUAUCCUGCCUGCCCACUGCCUUCUGCGCCUUGACAACACAGUGGGCCCGGCUGCCAGCAGGAGGCGACAGCGCGACGACGCCGUGCCCCCGAGCGCACGCAUUCCCUUCCCAGCCACUCUCGCUGGUCAAAAGUUGACUCCAAAAAGGGGGCUACCGAGCAACAAAGCGAGGUACACACUGCCCUCGCGCGGCAAAAGAGGCAACUCAUACCUCGACAACGCGCAAGCGAGCAGCUCGGAAAUGCUGGCUGGCUGGCUGGCUGGCUGGUGGGCGGUGCGAAAACAACUCGGGACGUUCCAUGAAGAAAGUCUGCGCUAG